AUGAAACCCGUGCGGGAGGCGGCGAGCGUGGUGGUGUUCAACCAGUUGGAGCAGAUCUUGUUCGUGAAGCGACCCAAGACUGCGAAAGCAUGGGCCAACAUGAUGGUAUUUCCGGGCGGCAAGGUGGACGGCGCCGACAAUGCCACGACUGCCACAUCGCCGUAUCCUCACGUUCCCAUCCGGUUCUUCAACGCUGCGAUCCGUGAACUGUUUGAAGAAGUCGACGUGUCCUUGACAUCCCCGCGGCUGUGGAGCGUGUUGGACGAUGCCGACCGACGCACUUGGCGCCACCGCAUUGUCGACGACAAGGACGACUUCGAAUCGCUCCUUCGUCGGACAAAGUGCCUUCCGCAGCAUGACGAGCUCGUUCCGUUCAGUCAUGUGAUUACCCCGGAAGGGUCUCCCCACCGCUUUGACACAUGGUUCUUUCUGGCGCGUAUCGCCGCCACCGACAUGCCCCAUGUACAGACGCAUGAUUCGGAGCUCGAAGGGGCAUGCAUGUGGUUAAGUCCGCGGGAGGCUUUGGCCGGGUAUUCUACAGGGUCGUUCGCAUUUGCCACUCCUCAACUGUAUCUCCUCCACCAAUUCAAUCAAUUUCCCACCCUUCAGGCGCUCUGGACAACCGCGAUGGACGACGCGCGAGAGGGAAAUAUCCCAAGUGUGCUUCCCCAACGCUUGCCGCCCACGGACGACUUUCCGGGGACAUUCACGGCAUUCCCAGGGGAUCCUCUGUAUCGGCCCGAGGAAAAGUCCCCGUUUCUCCAUCGCAUGCACCUCCACCCCACGGAUCCAUCCCAAAGCACCGUCCACCUUCCCCCGAAACCUAACGCCAACGUUGAAGCAUAGGGACGAAUAUACCUUACGAAGUAAUAUUAGAACUAGCAAUAUGUUAAGCCCAUUCGAAACCAACCCCAUAAUAGCACC